AUGGCCUUACCAUUCGAAACCCACAUCGUUAUCUUUCCUUUCAUGGCUCAAGGCCACACUCUUCCAUUACUGGACCUCUCAAAAGCUCUUUCACGCCACCAAAUCAGAGUAAGCAUCAUAACUACUCCGGGAAAUGCUAAAUCAAUCUCUAAUUACAUUGCUUCUUACCCCCAUGUAUAUGUCAUUGAAAUCCCAUUUCCCACCGUUGAUGGCCUCCCUAAAGGCUGUGAAAACACCUCCCAACUCCCCUCUGUUGAAUUCCACCUUCCUUUUAUCAACGCCACCAAACAACUUCGAAAGCCUCCCUUCCAAAACAUCAUUCAAACUAUGCUGGAUUCCCAGACCCCUCCUAUAUGUGUUAUUUCAGAUUUCUUUCUAGGGUGGACGCUUGCUGUGUGCCGAGCACUCGAUGUCCCUAGGCUCGUCUUUCAUGGCAUGGAUGUUUUAUCCAUGGCCAUUUGCAAAUAUACCUGGGUACAUCAGCCACACUUAAAAGCGAAGUCAGUUUCUGAUCCUUUACACUUGCCCGGUGUGAAGCUUCCUUUCACUUUGACAAGUGCAGAAUUGCCAGAGACCGUUAACAAACAAAAUCAGGAUGACCUGCUAUCUAAACUCAUAGAAGAGGUUGGUGAGGCCAAUGCUAAUAGCUGGGGUGUUGUUGUUAAUAGUUUUGAAGAACUAGAAAAGAGUCACAUCCUAUGUUUCGAAUCUUUCUACAGCGAAGCUAAGGCUUGGUGCUUAGGACCUCUGUUUUUGUAUGAAGAAAUGGAAGAUCUUGAGAAACGCAAUUUCUCUAUGUUAAUGCAGUGGCUCGUUGAGCAAAUUACUCCAGAUUCUGUGAUAUAUGUUUCCUUUGGUACACAAGCUGAUGUAUCAGAUACUCAGCUAGACGAGGUGGCUUUUGGAUUGAAGGAGUCAGGAUUUCCUUUUGUUUGGUUGGUCCGUUCAAAGACAUGGACUUUGCCUGGAGGCAUGGAGGAGAAGAUAAAAGGCAAAGGUUUGAUCAUUAGAGAAUGGGUUGAUCAACGCAGGAUAUUAUGUCAGUGAGCGGUCGGAGGUUUCUUAAGUCAUUGUGGUUGGAAUUCAGUGCUAGAAAGUGUAUCAGUUGGAAUGCCACUUUUGGCUUGGCCUAUGAUCGCUGAGCAAUCUUUGAAUACGAAGCUCAUAGUAGAUGGACUUGUAGCGGGGCUUAGCUUGAAAAGGGAGCAGAACUGUGGGUCUGGGGUGGUUGUUUCGCGGGAAGCGAUAUGUGAAGGAGUGAGGGAGUUGAUGGAGGGAGAAAAGGGAAGGAAUGCAAAGGAGAGAGCACAAGCCCUGGGACGGGUGGCUAGGCGAGCAGUGCAGGAGGGUGGCUCAUCUGACGUUACUCUAAGCAAGAUGAUAGCCCAACUGCGUGGGUUCUAGAGUGGCCAUUGACCACAAUGCCGUUGGCUUCUUCCUGUUU